UUAAUGCCACCGUCCGAUUUGCGAGUCCCUGAAGAAAAUGCUUGCCACGUGGACAUUGAAAAUUGGCUACUAAAGACUUCGACGACCCGGUCGUCCCUAUUCUCCUUGUUAUAUUUCUGCAUUCUCGUUGGAAAGAUACGCCCCACAGGUGUUUGCCAAAAUGCUUCAAGGACGGCGGUGGUGUCGAUCCCCAUUGUGCCUCCUCCUUCUCCACCCCCUUCUGCUUCUUCCCUCGGCUUCUGUUCCCAGCAAUCCAUACUUCCUUCACUGCUCUGAAUAUUUAAACUGCGGAAGCUUUAAGGACAUCAACGUUACCUAUCCCUUUCGCCUAUCCGAAAGCCCGAAUUACUGCGGCUACCCUGGAUACGAGCUUAACUGCAACAUGGAUGACAAAGUCGCCCCGCUUACCAUUACAAUUGGAGGAGAGGAUUAUGCCGUACAGAACAUCUAUGAUCAGGACAGGAUUGUCGUGGUUGUCGAUUCAAAUUUCAUGAGAACUGAAUGCCCUAUGAGCUUUACCAACAUUAGCAUUAACACAACCCUUUUCAAUUACACCAGUCGCGACCACAACCUCACAGUUUAUGUAAAUUGCAGUUUCCCGAUGAUGCCGCCCGGCCUAUUAGAAAUCCCAUGUCUGAACAAGCUCAAUAGGCCCAAACUGUCGUACUAUAAAGUGGGAGAUGGGCCUUCGACAUUUUUAGAAAAUUUGCCUGGCAGCUGUGACAUGACGGCGGCUGUACCGGUUCAUAGCAACCAGCAGUUCGGUGAGGCGUUAAAAGGGGGAUUCGGAUUAACUUGGAGCAACGGUAUGGAUUGGUGUCAGGAUUGUAAGGAAUCCGGAGGGAUGUGCGGUUACAAUGAGAGUCGGCCAGGAGAUCAUUUGUGCUUUUGCUCUGAAACUAACUACCUUGAUUCCUGUUUUCACUCAAACAGUAAAAGAAACAAGGGACUUAUAAUAGGAAUUAGCGUAGCCGGUGGCUUUAGUGCAGCCAUUGUCAGCUCCUUUUGUUUCCUCAUGUACAAGAAGGAGAAGAAAAGGAGGGGCUCUACCUCCACUGUCAAUAGAAUUGUUUCCUUCCAGCCCUUCUCCAAAUCAGACCCUGAGCUCGGUUCCUCUCUGCAUGCUCCCAUCUUCAAAUAUGAUGAGCUUUAUGAAGCCACCAAUGGCUUUGAUGGCUCCAGAGAACUUGGUGAUGGAGGUUUCGGCACAGUUUACAAAGGUAAGCUGCGAGACGGUCGUGUAGUUGCAGUGAAGCGCCUCUAUGAGACCAACUAUCGGCGCGUCGAGCAGUUUAUGAAUGAAGUUAAUAUCCUCUCACUACUCCGCCACCAUAAUCUUGUUAGUCUCUACGGCUGCACAUCCAGGCAUAGCCGAGAGCUCCUCCUUGUCUACGAAUUCGUGCCCAAUGGAACAGUUGCAGACCACCUCCAUGGCUCACGGGCAUCCGAAUCAUUCCUCCCGUGGCAAGUACGAAUGACCAUUGCUAUCGAAACAGCUGAUGCCCUACGUUAUCUCCACUCUGUUGAGCCACAGAUCAUUCACCGCGAUAUCAAGACCAACAAUCUCCUUCUCGACAACAACUUCCAUGUCAAGGUUGCAGACUUCGGACUCUCAAGGCUCUUCCCACUCGACGCCACACACGUUUCCACCGCCCCGCAAGGCACGCCAGGAUACGUCGAUCCAGAGUAUCAUCAGUGCUAUCAGCUCACCGACAAAAGCGAUGUGUACAGCUUUGGAGUAGUACUCAUGGAGCUCAUAUCAUCAAAACCCGCUGUUGAUGUCACUCGACAGAGGAACGAAAUCAACUUGGCAAAAAUGGCCAUUGACAAGAUCCAAAGACAGGAGUUACAUGAAUUUGUGGAUCAAAAAUUGGGUUAUCAGUCAGAUUACAACAUAAGCAGGAUGAUCAACCAGGUGGCAGAGCUGGCAUUCCAGUGCUUGCAGACUGAUAGGGAGAUGAGGCCAAGCAUUAAGGAUGUUCUUGAUGUUCUAACAGAAAUAGAGAGCGGCGGCAGGAAGAAUGGGAGUUGUGAGAAUGUAAAUGCUGCAGUCAAAGAGGAAGCUCGGUUGUUGAAGAGCUCCCCACCUCACUCGCCAAAUUCUGUAACGACGGGAUGGUUGAGCAUGGAGACGACACCGAACACCAGUGGAUGAGGUAACUUAUGUUUCAUUUAAUUCCUGAAAGAACAAAAUAUUUGGUAA